AACAACUUCCUUAAUCGUUGCACGCGCGUAAGCUGUCUUAAAUACUGUAGCUAGCUAGCUAGCUAGCUAGAAUUAAACAACAUCGGACUAAUAUUAUUUUAACAAGCUCCGUAAUUCAUCUUCGUGGACAUAUUAAUAACACCAUGGAGACCAUUUUAGAGCAACAGCGUCGUUAUCACGAGGAGAAGGAAAGACUGAUGGACGCAAAAACAAAGGAGAUGCUUCACAAGAAAACGACGUUGCGCGACCAGAUUAAUUCCGAUCAUCGAACACGAGCCAUGUUGGACAGGUAUAUGGAAGUAUGCGGAAUCCUCAGAGACUCCUACGAGGACAAAGAUGGUAUGAGAAAGGAAGAGCUCGGUGCCAUAUCUGGUCCAAAUGAGUUUGCUGAGUUCUACAACCGACUGAAACAGAUCAAGGAAUUCCACCGGAAACAUCCCAAUGAGAUCAGUGUGCCCAUGUCAGUGGAGUUUGAGGAGCUGGUAAAAGCCAGAGACAACCCCAGUGAGGAAGCGCAGAAUCUAGUAGAAUUCACUGACGAAGAAGGAUACGGUCGUUACCUGGAUCUCCACGACUGUUACCUGAAAUACAUCAACCUGAAAGGGGCAGAGAAACUGGAAUACGUCUCCUAUUUGUCAUCAUUUGAUCAACUCUUUGAUAUCUCUAAAGACAGGAAGAAUGCAGAAUACAGGAAGUACCUGGAGAUGCUCCUGAUGUAUCUGCAGGAUUACACCGACCGUGUCAAACCCUUGCUGGAUCAGAACGAGCUGUACGGGAAAGUGCUGGUUGACUUUGAAAAGAAGUGGGAGAACGGGACGUUUCCCGGCUGGCCGAAAGAAGCUAGCAGUGCUCUGACCCAUGCUGGAGCUCAUCUGGACCUGUCUGCAUUCUCCUCCUGGGAGGAGUUGGCCUCCCUGGGUCUGGACAGAUUGAAGUCUGCCCUCAUGGCUCUGGGAUUGAAGUGUGGGGGCACACUGGAGGAAAGGGCACAGCGACUGUUCAGCACUAAAGGCAAAUCUCUGGAGGCGCUGGAUCCCUCUCUCUUUGCUAAAAACCCUAAAGCUAAAGGACCAAAGAAAGACACAGAACGCAACAAGGAGAUUGCUUUCCUGGAGGCCCAGAUUUAUGAAUAUGUAGAGAUCCUGGGGGAGCAGAGGCAGCUGACCCACGAAAAUGUGCAGAGGAAGCAGGCGCGCACGGGCGAGGAACGCGAGGAGGAUGACGAUGAGCAGCCCAGCGAAAGCGAGAGCGAAGACGAGGACAACGAGAUCAUCUACAACCCCAAGAAUCUGCCGCUGGGCUGGGACGGGAAGCCAAUUCCAUACUGGCUGUACAAACUUCAUGGCCUGAAUAUCAACUACAACUGUGAGAUCUGUGGGAACUACACAUACAGGGGGCCCAAAGCCUUCCAGAGGCACUUUGCAGAGUGGAGGCACGCGCACGGAAUGCGCUGUUUGGGCAUCCCCAACACUGCCCACUUUGCCAAUGUCACUCAGAUUGAAGACGCUGUGUCCUUGUGGUCAAAACUGAAGUCACAGAAGGCAUCAGAGCGCUGGCAGCCAGACACAGAGGAAGAGUAUGAGGACUCCAGCGGAAAUGUGGUCAACAAGAAGACCUAUGAAGAUCUAAAGCGUCAGGGGCUGCUUUAGGGCUCUGAGACUGAGGCGCCAUCUCAAGAAGACAAGUGUGUUGUGAAGCCAGGGGAUGUCUGUUUUCCCUUCUCUCCGUUUUGGACUUGUGUACCUUUCUCAGAAAAAUAACCUUGUAGAUUUUUGUGUUUUCAUGACUUGCUUAUUUUUCAUUAAGCCCUCUGACAUAUGAGAGAAGACAAGUAUAGAUUUCGGUAUUCAAUAAAUCUCAACGUUUUUGUCAAGUG